GUCUUGUUAGUAAGAAGAAUACCAAAUAGUUUUGUAGUGGUAUAGAUCAUCAUGGCUGACGAGACGGGAAUUGAGAUCGAGACAGACAGAGGAGUGACAAUUCCUUCAAAUAAUAAUUCUACUUUGGCAACAUAUUUGGAUGAAGGAAAGAAUACGAUAAAGUCACAUUAUGUUAUAUUUGUAGUACUAUUAAUAGGGGGAUUAUUAUUAUUUCAUUUCAGAAACAAAAUUGCUGAAGCACAUGAUAGAUUCAGAACUAGACAAAGAUCAAGAAGUGGAUUUUAUGAUAGACUUAAUGGAUUUGAGAAUGAUUUGGCUAGUGGGUUAAAUAGUGCUAAUUUUGAUAUAGAAUCUAAUAUCUCUAAUGGAGAUUCUAGAAAAGGUUUACUGGAAGAAGCUAAAGAAGCUAUUAAGUCAUUAAUGAAACUGAAGGGAUUAAGCUUUGAUGAAGCCAGACUUCAAUAUACUACGCAGAAGUUUUCUCAAAACAAUGUUGAUAGUAAUGGUGUACCUAAAGAUCCAAAAUUGGUAACCUUUUAAGUUAAAUUUAGUUAGAUUGAUUGAAUUUGUAUAGGGCUCAUUUGAGAUUCUAUUAAUGAAUGAUGAAUAAUAUAUGGAAUUAAAUUAUAAGUUAUUAUUGUAGAGUUGAGUUAUUUACAGUAUAGACAAUAGUGAAAUAGUGAAAUAGUGAAAUAAUGUAAUUAUCAUUACAAAUAGCUGAAAGAUGAUUUUACCACUAUUAUUCUUACUUACAGUAUAAAUACUCUUACUAACACCAAUAC